CUCUCUCUCUCUCUUACUUUAUCAACAGUGUUUUAACUUCAGUUUGAUUUCCCUUUUUCUGUGAAAGCCGAUCAUCUGUUAUCUCCUUUUCAUAGUUCAUAUACUACAAGAAUUGCUAGUUUAUUUGUGUGAUCGUCAGCUUCAAACUCUCUUUGAUUCUUAAAUUUUACCAAAUUUUCUCUUCAAGAAGAAAACCCUUUUUAUUAUUAUCAUGGAAGCCAUGCAAGAUCUUGCAUUUCAUCGUUUCUUUGUGUUAUCAUCAUAGUCUCCAAUAAACCUGUAAAUGAACACUCUUCAUCACUUCUCUUUUUCUCCAAUUAUCGCUCUCUGCAAAGAAAAAAAGUAGCGGUUCAUUCUCUUGUUAUAGAAGAAUGAAGUGAAAACCCUAAAGAGUUCAUCGAAACAACAAUCCAAGAUUUAUCUGUUUCUCUCUGUGAUAAUGGAUUUGGUUUCACAAAACAAUCCGAAUGAAUAUCCAAGUACUCGGAUAGUAAGCUCAAGCACCAUAGCAACUACAGCUACCACUAAUGCAACACCAACUCUACCGCCAUCGACGACCACUCCGAGCCGCUACGAGAACCAAAAGCGCCGGGACUGGAACACUUUCUGCCAGUACCUGCGAAACCAUAGGCCUCCGCUGUCACUUUCAAUGUCUAGCGCUGUCCAUGUCCUCGAGUUCCUUCUCUAUCUCGAUCAAUUCGGCAAGACCAAAAUUCAUAACAACACUUGCCCUUUCUUUGGCCUCCCUAAUCCGCCGGCUCCUUGCCCCUGUCCUCUCAGACAAGCUUGGGGUAGCCUCGAUGCACUCAUCGGCCGACUCCGUGCUGCUUACGAGGAGCACGGAGGUAAGCCGGAAGUGAACCCUUUUGGAGCUAGAGCUGUGAGGAUUUAUUUGAGGGAAGUCAGGGAUUUCCAGGCCAAAUCUCGAGGGGUUAGCUACGAGAAGAAAAGGAAGAGGCCUAAGCAGAAGGUACCAACUGUCCCAUCAGCACAACAAUCAUCAUCUUCUCCAACACCACGAACACUUGCUGCUGGUGCCACUGCUGCAACAAAUACUAUGUAAUGGAAGGACAAGGGUGCUUUUGCAAUCAGCAAAUUGUCUGGAUGAUAUGUUUUUAGUGGGUUUUUGUUUUUUUUAAGGUAUUUCUCUCUUUCUACUUCAUGGGUGGAUCAUAUUUCAAUGGCUUAUAUAAUUUAUCAAAACAUAAUAUAUCUAUAUAAUUUGAUGGUAUAAGCCAAUGCAAC